CAGUUGAAACCUUAUUUGAACACAUAAGUAACGAAAUCCAAACCGUUGAAUAAAUAGAUGAUACUGUUGAUGGUGUUUCUGGCAGUGGUGGCAUCGCAGGAUGUUUUACCUCGGUCCUGCCUCGAUAUCCAGUCCGCAUCAGGGGUCUACGAAAUCCAUCCCGAGUAUGGUUUCGGUAAACCAAUUGACGUGUACUGUGAACAGAGUGCUGAGGAUGGGGGAUGGAUUGUGAUUCAAAACCGUUUCAAUGGUUCAGUUCAUUUCUAUCGAGGCUGGAAGGAUUACGAGGACGGAUUUGGCGAUUGGCGCGGUGAAUUCUGGCUGGGUUUAAAAUCGAUUCAUCGGAUCACUUACUCCCAGUCGUAUGAGCUGCUUAUCCAGCUGGGAGAUGAAAGUGAUGAAAAAGCAUAUGCCAGGUACGAUCGUUUCGUGAUAUCUGGCCCAGAAGAUUCAUAUACCCUGAAACAUUUGGGAAAGUACUCGGGGACUGCAGGUGAUUCACUUGUUCAACAUAAAAAUUUUCCGUUUUCGACAUUAGAUAAAGAUAAUCGUAAACCUAAAUGUUCGAAAAACAAAUCAAAUUGUGCAGUCGAUUAUCAAGGCGCUUGGUGGUAUCAUUGUUGUCAUCAUAGCAACUUGAAUGGGCUAUACGCGGUGGGGAAAGUAGGACUGGGGAUAUGUUGGAAUACAUUCAAAGGAUGUUUCCAUGGAUUGAAAACGUCGAGAAUGAUGAUUCGUCCAAGGGCACCCACGAGUAAGUAAAUUAAGAGUAGGGUAAUCGGGUGUAAAAUGCGCGGAGCGAUCAAAGCAGCAAACUUGAUUUGACAUUUCUGAAAAUUCUAGUCUGUUCUAUUUCUGUACAUUUCCAAACUUAUGUAACACUUUUAAGUUUUUUUAAUUAUCUUCGUUAACUUUGCUACUCUCCUCGUAAAUAAUUACACCAUAUGAAAGCGACAUUUUUCACUUGUUUUCCGUUCUAAUGACGAACAAUAGUCUUUAUAUUCACGAGAGCUCACUAAAUUUUUAAUUAAAUUAUUUUGUUUUAUUUAAUUUUUUACACUUAACAUUUCGAGACAAUGUUCCAUAUUCGUUUAACUAUCUACAAACGUGUUUAAAUUUCGUUGAAAUUGAGCUUCAUUUAUCGGUUCGUUUGGAUAGACACAUACAAUGCGCACUAUGCCCCAAACGAAAUGGAACGUGCGCGUAUUACCCCCAGUUCCCCUUAAUCGUAAAUCGCAAGGAAAAAUUCCAAAAAUCACAAAAAAAAAUACAUAAUCGGAGGUUUCAAUAACAGCUACAGUUUAAUUACAAAUCCAACCUUUAAAAUUUCUCAGACAGUUGAAAUAUCCAAAUAAUGUAAUCUCACCAAAUUCUGAUUUUGUUAAGUUGAUCUAUGUCAUCAGUCCCUCGGUCUCCCGCUGUUGAGCUUGAGCUUGAGCUUGAGCUUGGAUGAACCAUACAUUUCAGUAGUUGCUACUCCGUGAUUGACAAGAACCAUAAAAAUUGCACAUAGAUCCAAAUAAAUGGGGCUUGGGAUUAGCUUACCAUUUUCUGUGUGCACGUUUCGAAGGUUCCUCAUCUUAUAUGGUCAAUAACGGCGCCGGCCACGUCCUUACGGUUCAUCGGGGAAAGGGAAGGAUUGUUAGUUCGACUUCCGUUGCUACUAGAGACCGAAUACACCUCUAAAUCUCCACGGUCGUCACAGGAAGGGUGGUUUGUUAGUGAGUAAGGUAAAUAAGAUCUGGAUUCCCUUUGGGAAGGGAUGUGAUCAAAGCAAAGUUAAAAAUCGUCGCGUCGCACACUAUCGAGUACAUCGCGUUUUUAUACGUCCUAACUAACUAAGUACUUAGCACCGGCGUAGCUCACCGAAUUUUACCGCGCGCUUAAGACGAAAAGAGCAAAGCGUCCUAACGUGGCACUUUCAUACACGUACAAUGCACUUGGCAACGAUGCAACUCUCCGAAUUUUAUCACGCGUUUAAAGUUUAAAACGAGAAGAGCAAGAACGACCUAGCGAGCAAAACACGAACACCGAACUAACCGAUCACGUCAAUUUUCCCCACACAAACACACACACAUACACAAACACACACAACGAACCGACCCUACUGACGAAAAAAUUAUCCAUUACCAAACACUGCACAAGCCUUUGAUUUGACCGGAGACUUAAAAAAAAUGAAAACGCAAAUUAACUCUUGCAAAAACUCAGAAUAAAAGCUUUACAAAGCU